AAUAAUAAUAAGGUGUGCGCAAUAAUAUUGCAGCGCAGAGCUAAAGUUUAUUAAGAUAAAAUUACGGCAUACUUGGUGCAUGCUAAGCUUGUGCAAGCCAGUGAAUUGUGAAAAACUGUGAUUGGUUACUAUCAAUAUCAAUGCGCUGAUAGUUGAUGAUGUUGUGAAAGCAAUAACAAAAAGCGGAAGCGUUUUCAUGUUCGUUUUUGUGAUUGGUAAUCUGGCAGUCGUGUGCUAAAAAUAGUCGUUAACCACCCACGCCAGAAAGAUAAACGCAACAAAAUUCGGCAAAAAAGCUUACUGGCCACAGUGUUGACUUAAACGGCAAUGCAGAUAAAUAAACACAGCAACAACAACCAGAAUAACAACCACAGUGAUGAUGAGAAAUUUUUGAUUGUAUGAGAUUGUUGGCAGCUGCAAUUGCAACAUGUCCGACUUUUUGUCCCGCGAUAUAUUGCCAGAACUAUGGAACGAAAUACUGCGAAGGCACUGGAGCUACCUCGAAACGGAGGAGAGCAUAUUAAAGCUCGAAGAGCGCAAGAAAUUAGAAGGCUGCCUCAAGGAGUUUCUUUGCGUUGUGCCGCAUGAUCGUAAAUUCUUCUUGCCAGAGACGGGGCAUGUUCUACGCAAAACUGUCUGCGAGCUGACAAACUUUAAUGCACAGCAAGCUAUUGUGGGCUUCGAGGCCAUUAGCCAAUAUGCCAACAAUUUGUUUACCAAACCCUGGCGCAAGGAAUUUCGUGUGUUGAAGACUUAUUCCGGGUCAUAUCAGCAUGAAGUCGAAUCGAAUUUACUGGACGCCGAUAAACUAUUUAUAGCCAUGGGCUAUCGUCGCAUAGCGGAGGACACAUUUGUGCUCGAAGGACCCAUUUGUCCGGAUCAGGUUACAAAUGUCUCACGCGACGCCAUGGCUGCCUAUGUGGAGUGCCAAAUAAUGAAGCACAUCUAUGCAGGAUUGCAUACCGCAGGCUUUAGUUGCAGCUGGCAGGAUAUAUUCCAUUAUCGUGAGCUGUAUGCGGGCGGCACCACACAGUCUAUCAAAGGCCUGGCCCAUCGUCUGCACGAGAGUCAGCUGCGCAAGGAGCAGCAGCAGCGGCAACAGCAUACAGAGAAUACCUACAGCAAUGUGUCCAGCAGUCGAGAGCAGGACAAGUCUGGCUGUGCACUGCAUGGACAACUGUUGCAUGGCGUCAACAAUUGUGCGCUGCGUGCAACCAAUGGACAUGUGCCAGCGCCGCCUACGAAUCUCAAUUGCUUAUACCAACAGCAGCAGCAGCAGCAGCAGGUUGCUCCCAAUCUAAUGACGCACUCGCGCAGUCUGGAGCAUUAUCAGGAACCGUUGGGUUCGCUGCCGCAGCGCCAUUCAUUUGAUCAGCAGCCCAAGCAUUGUCAGCAGCAUCCGCAUGCACAGCUAUAUGAGACUCCCUAUGAUUGCUUGGAUGGUCUGAGUCUGGGCGGCGGCAGUAGCGCCUCCUAUGCAGCUGUGGCAGGUGCCUACAAUGCGCCUGGCAAUCGCUAUCCGUUGCCCUACAACAUCUCCAGUCAGCUGAAUGCGCAAUAUGCCACACCACUUGAUGGCUACCCCAAUCCAGAGCACAAUAUGUACGCCAGCAUAGGCAAAUCCACAGUGCCGCAUAGCUGCGGCUAUGGACGCGCGCUGCCUGCUGCGCUGCAGCAUAGACAAAGCACAUAUCCGCCGGAUCAGCAGCAUUUGAUAGACUUUGAUGAGCGUGCGCAGCUAAUGCAGCACGACUUUAAUGAUCCACGCUACUAUGAGCGGCGUGGACAGCGCGCACCUGCAGCCAAGCUCAGCGGCAUCUACGCACAACCUAUGGUGGAUACAGGCUAUGCGCCAGGCUAUGAAAUGCCCAGCAAUUUGCCUGCAACGCUACCACAGCCGCCGCCACAGGAUAUGUAUGUCUAUGCGCGUCCCGUGCCCAAAAGCAGUCGUCAACGCACAGCUCCAGAAGCAGCCCGACCAGAGCUGUUGGAUUCCUUGGACAAUAAUCGACACAAACCCACGCACAAAGAAUUGACUGCAGAUGGACGACGUGACAUCUGUGAUGCCAUUAGCUACGAAUCGCCCAGCCUUGAUGAUUUUCCUGCUUUAAGCAGCGCCUCACCACCCACACCGAUCAAUGCCAAAGUGCAGGAUGGCGUUGGCAGCUUCGAGAGCUGGAACUAUGUGUUCAAAAAUCUUGAACGCUCUGGCUACAGCAAAGAUCUGGGCGAUCGUGAGGAUUUGCUGGUGCAGAGCUUAGAUCUGGAGUCGCUCAACUUAGCCAAUGGCGGCGGCGCCACAGCGGAACGGCAUACACAAUCCGCCAAUGUGGAUAAAGCGCGCACACUGGAGAAGAAGCGUGAAACGCGUGAACCGCGUGAAUCGCGUGACUCACGCGUUGUGCAAGCGCCAGCGCCCAAACCUGUGCCAAAUGCCAGCAGCAGCGUUGGUGUGAAGAAAGUAAAGUCUGCCUUAAAGAGCGCCAGCGUGGAUAGUCGAGCAACUGGGUCGCGAGGCAGUCGUGGCGCCAUUGCCAAGCAGCCACCGCCAGUGUCAACGCAGCUGAUUGUAACCAGUCCGAAUGAGUGGAGCUGUCGCUUCUGCACGUUUCUCAAUCCGGAUACAAAGCGCAUCUGUGAGAUGUGUUGUCGCAGCAAGGACUUCAAUCCGGAGGCAGCGGCAAAUGUGUCGCAUGCCUCCUCCACCUGCGUCUAGCACGACCAGCAGCAGCAGCUUAAUAUGUAAACUUUUUUAAACUAACUGUACUCUUUUCGACACACACACACACACACACGCAAGUGAUAUAAACACAGUAUAUAAGACAUGCAAGAAUAAUAUAUACAUAUAUUAUAUAUUUAUAUAUUUUUUAUACAAGAAAUUGUCAUUGUAACUGCAAAUGUAAAAGAAAACGAAGAAACGGAAGAGUAAGAGUAAUCGCAAGUGUAAAGCUCUCUCUAGUCUGCUAGUCCCUACUGCUCCCACCCUCUUCGCCCCCUACUCACACAGGCAUUUGUACAUAUGACAUAUGCUUAUAUAUACAAAUUAAUUAGUUAUAUCUACGUUAAAUUAAUAGUAAUAAAAUUAAUUGUUUAAGUUUCAGUUAGACUCGUACACAUGCUUUAAUUAGAUUGUAGUCUCGUUUUAUCGCUUUUGUUGUAAGCGUUGUGCCUAAAACUGGUAUAAGUCGUAUGUUUAUAUAGAGUUUAGAAAUUUGUAUAUUUGAUUGUAUGUCUGAUAGUUUGCUUGAGUAUGCGUGUGAGUCUGUGUAUAUGCAUGUAUGCGUAAUUUAGACAACCUGUACAUUUUUGUGGUUAUAUACAAGAAGAAAAAGAGAGGGAAGCAACGUAUAUUUAUUAUAUAUAUUGUAUACUAAACAAAUUUUCAAAUUCACUUUCAUACAUACAAGAUAACUUAUAAACGUUUAAACAUAUGCAAACAAAUUAUCGAGCUAAAUAAAAACUUAAGCACACACACACACACACAAUAGUUGAAGGUAG